AUGGUGCAGAAGAAUUCAACGCCACCCCCUCACCCUCUCCCACCCCCCCCACUGCUGCACUCGCAGCAGGGAGAGGGAAAUGAAGAGAGAGGGGCAGCAGCUGGUGCGGCUGUAGCUCUUCCUCGGCACCCCUGCACCCUCUCCCCCGCCCCCUCCGCCGCAGAACCAGCCGAUGCAGGUUCCGUCUCCUUCCCUGCAGUCCAGCAGCAGCAGCAGCAGCAGCAGCAGCAGCAGCAGCAGCAGCAGCAGCAGCAGCAGCAGCAGCAGCAGCAGCAGCAGCAGCAGCAGCAGCAGCAGCAGCAGCAGCAGCAGCAGCAGCAGCAGGAGCAGCAGCAGCAGCAGCAGAAGCAGCAGCAGCAGCAGCAGCAGCAGCAGCAGCAGCAGCAGCAGCAGCAGCAGCAGCAGCAGCAGCAGCAGCAGCAGCAGCAGCAGCAGCAGCAGCAGCAGCAGCAGUAG